GGCUCCCCGAUAGCGAGUGCGCAGGCGUGAGCUGGCUGCUCAGUUGGAGGAUGUGCGCAUGCGGCGAUGCACGAGCUGUCCGGAAUGAUGCGCCAUCAAGGUUGAGUGCGCAUGUGUGCGAGCUGGAGCGCGGCGCGGUUGUCAUGGAGCUUUUGGAGCCGGAGAGUCGGUCUCGGAGAGUGAAGCAUUACCCAGCCUCCGGCUCCUCUCUUCCUUGGGAUAGGUUCUCUGCCUGGCUCGAGUGCAUCUGUGUGGUCACUUUUGACUUGGAGCUCGGUCAAGCCAUCGAGCUUGUAUAUCCCCAUGAUGUGCGGCUCACAGAGAAAGAGAAAACCAGCAUCUGCUACCUCUCUUUUCCAGAUUCCUACUCUGGUUGUCUUGGAGACACACAGUUCAGCUUUCGAAUCCGACAGUCAGUGGGACACAAACUGUCUGCGAUUGGAGAUGAAGAGAAGUACAACCGAGAUGCCCCAGUUGUUCUUCAGUGGGAUCGAGCACAUUACUAUGGAUUUGUCUACUUCCGACAAGUCAAGGAUAGUACAAUAAAACGGGGAUAUUUUCAAAAGUCAUUGGUUCUUAUUUCUCGACUUCCUUUUGUGAAUCUCUUCCGCUCUCUCCUACAACUUGUUGCACCUGAAUACUUUGAAAAGCUGGAGCCUUGUCUUGAGGCAGUUUGCAAUGAGGUAGACCAAUGGCCAGCACCAGUCCCUGGAAAAACACUUAGCCUUCCUGUCAUGGGAGUGGUCAUUCAGGUAAGGAUACCAUCUAAGAAUGACAAGAUUGGAACAAGUCCUCUCAAGCAAUCUAACCAAGAGAAUCUGCUCCCAGCACCAAUGGUUAUUCCUACUGUAAAUGAGCUGGAUCUCUUCAGAUGUUUCCAACAAAUCCUGAUUCACAUCCAAAUGGUUUGGGAGCUAAUGUUGCUUGGAGAACCAGUAAUUGUUAUGGCAACCUCUCCCACAGUUUCUUCAGAUACUGUGCUGGCACUCAUAAGUUGCAUUGCACCCCUGAAAUACUGCUGUGACUAUCGGCCAUACUUUACCAUCCAUGAUAAUGAAUUUAAGGAGUAUACAACGCGGACACAGGCACCGCCAAAUGUUGCUUUAGGAGUGACCAAUCCUUUUUUCAUCAAAACAUUCCAGCACUGGCCGCAUAUUAUUCGUCUUGGAGAAAUCAAAAUGUCAGGUGAUUUACCAAAACAAAUAAAAGUGAAGAAAUUGACAAAGAUUAGGACUCCCGACACAAAACCAGGUAUCUAUACGUCUUACAGAACUUUUCUGCACAAGGACAAGGCAUUUAUUAAACGACUUUUAAAGGGCAUUCAAAGAAAGCGUCCGUCAGAAGUACAGAGUGCCAUUGUACGUCGCCACUUAUUGGAGCUUACACAGAGUUUCAUUAUUCCCCUGGAGAGAUAUGUUGCCAGUCUGAUGCCCCUUCAGAGAACUAUCACUGCAUGGAAGAAUCCACCACAGAUUCGGCCCUUUAUCCAAGAGGAAUUCAUGAAGACUUUGGAGCAUACAGGUCCACAACUGACAUCUGUGCUGAAAGGAGAUUGGGUGGGAUUAUACAGACGAUUUAUUAAAUCACCUAACUUUGAUGGCUGGUUUCGUAUGAGACACCAAGAGAUGUGCAAGAAGCUGGAGAUUCUUCACCUGGAGGUGUUAUGUCAGGCAGAUCUACUCAUGUGGAUUCGGGAAAAGUCUGAAGUGGAAAUAGUGGACCUGGUUAUAAAACUACGUGAAAAACUGAUAAAAGCAAGAGUCUAUCAGCUGCCAGUCAGAGAAGAUUUGUUGGAGAAGCUGGAGUUGUAUGUGGAAACUGUAAUUAGCUCCUUACCUGAUGAUCUACAGGUAGUCCUGCAUCGACAUUGAUUGGAACAAGCAAGUGAUCUAUAGCUCAGCCUUUUAGAGAAGUCACAUCAGAUCCACCUGCUUUCCACAUCCUGAAUCAUCCAUUGUCAAAAGACACCAAGUGAUGCCACUGAAUAUUAACAGAAGUUUCCACACAACAGCCAGAUUUAACCAAAUGAUGAACUAAGAUGCCUGUGAUAUGGAUUGGUUUCCAUAACACAUUUAUUACUGUCAUUUUUAAUUAAAAAGAUGCCACCUGAUUAAAGUAGACUGUUUUAAACCCAUCGUGGUGUUGUUUGUUUGUAAAAUCUUACAAUCGAUCAGUAAAUGUAUGAAUGUAAUUUGCACAGCAAGAUUGUUCGCCGAUUUUUGUCUUGUGAUCUAAUCUGUUGGAUGAUGAGAUUGCAGAACUGGCCAAUGAAGCUCUUUCUCCUUAACUUGAUGGAGUUGGUGUAGUUUGACAUUAACUCUACAAGGCUGGUAGAAUAGUUUUCCAAUUGGUACUGAUACAUACUUCAACAUAAAUUGGAAGAAAAGCUUGGAGUAAUCACCAAAA